GAACGAGGCUCACUUCCGCCCGCGGCGGAGCGGCGGUGGUGGCGGCGCAGGAGGCCCGGCCGCGGUCCCGAGGGACACACAGACGGACGCACGGGCGGGCGGCCGGGAGCCAUGGAGUGCGGCCCCGGGGCCGGCGGACGCGGGCGGCGGGUGUCUCACUGUACGGCAUGGAGACCUGUGGCUGCUGCGAGGCUCCCGGGGGCUCGCCUUGGACCGCGAUGGGGCCGGGCCGCGGCCUCCUAACGGGACUGAGGUGUGCGGCCCGCGAGCCUGGCCGCCCGCUGCCCGCGUCUCGGAGCACCCCCGCCCCUCCCCUGGCCCGGCGCGGGCCCGGCGCCCGCCAUGAACGGCCUGUCGGUGAGCGAGCUCUGCUGCCUCUUCUGCUGCCCGCCCUGCCCGGGCCGCAUCGCCGCCAAGCUCGCCUUCCUGCCUCCCGAGCCCACCUACUCGCUGGUACCCGAACCCGAGCCGGGGCCCGGAGGGGCCGGUGCUGCCCCCUCGGGACCCCUGCGGACCUCAGCGGCCACCCCUGGGCGCUGGAAGAUCCACCUGACGGAGCGCGCUGACUUCCAGUACGGCCAGCGCGAGCUGGACACCAUCGAGGUCUUCCUGACCAAGAGCGCGCGCGCCAACCGCAUCGCCUGCAUGUAUGUGCGCUGCGUGCCCGGUGCCAGGUACACAGUUCUCUUCUCGCAUGGCAAUGCAGUGGAUCUGGGCCAGAUGUGCAGCUUCUACGUCGGCCUGGGCACGCGCAUCGGCUGCAACAUCUUCUCCUAUGACUACUCUGGCUAUGGGGUCAGCUCUGGCCGGCCCUCGGAGAAGAACCUCUAUGCUGACAUUGAUGCAGCCUGGCAGGCCCUUCGCACCAGGUACGGCAUCAGCCCGGACAGCAUCAUCCUGUAUGGCCAGAGCAUCGGCACGGUGCCCACGGUGGACCUGGCGUCGCGCUAUGAGUGCGCUGCGGUGGUCCUGCACUCGCCCCUCACCUCGGGCAUGCGGGUGGCCUUCCCCGACACCAAGAAGACGUACUGCUUCGAUGCUUUCCCUAACAUCGAGAAGGUGUCGAAGAUCACAUCACCGGUGCUCAUCAUCCAUGGCACGGAGGACGAGGUGAUCGACUUCUCACACGGGCUGGCACUGUAUGAGCGCUGCCCGAAGGCCGUGGAGCCGCUGUGGGUGGAGGGCGCUGGGCACAACGAUAUUGAGCUGUACAGUCAGUACCUGGAGCGCCUGCGCCGCUUCAUCUCCCAGGAGCUGCCCAGCCAGCGCACCUAGCCAAGCCGCAGGGACCUCAGCAGUACACGGGCCUCCUGCCGGGGCUGCAUGUGACCCGGCGCCCAGGACCCUGCCCGGCACCCCACGGCCACGAGCCAUGUGCAGGUGAUGGAGGCCCUCCUCUCCUUGUGGAAGCAAAGAGAAGGAAAGAGGGAAACUAAUUAAAGGUUUAAGAUUUUA